AUGGCAAGGGUCAACCAAACCAGCAGUGUCUCUGAGUUCAUUCUCCUGGGACUCUCCUCCCAGCCUGAGGACCAGAAGCCACUCUUUAUCCUCUUCCUCACCAUGUACCUGAUCACCAUAAUAGGGAACCUACUCAUCAUCCUGGCCAUCCAUUCUGAUCCCCAGCUCCAGACCCCCAUGUAUUUCUUCUUGAGUUUCCUGUCCUUCACUGAUAUUUGCUUUACAACAACUGUUGUCCCCAGGAUGCUAGUGAACUUCCUUUCUAAGAAGACCAUCUCCUAUGCUGGGUGUCUGACACAGAUGUAUUUCAUUUAUGCUCUGGGCAACACCGACAGCUGCCUUCUGGCAGUCAUGGCCUUUGACCGCUAUGUGGCUAUCUGUGACCCCUUCCACUAUGUCACCACCAUGAACCGCCGCUGCUGUGUCCUGCUGGUGGCCUUUUCCUGCUCACUUCCCCACUUCCACUCACUCGUACACACACUGCUACUGAACAGUCUCACUUUCUGUGACUCCAAUGUCAUCCACCACUUCCUCUGUGACCUCAGUCCCUUGAUGAAAUUGUCCUGUUCCUCCACAUUUGUCAAUGAAGUUGUGAUAAUAUCAGAAGGUUCUGUUGUUUUGGUGACUCCAUUUCUGUGCAUCACUCUCUCUUAUGUACGAAUUCUCAUCGCAGUUCUUAAGAUCCCUUCAGCUGCUGGGAAACGCAAAGCCUUCUCCACCUGUGGCUCUCACCUCACCGUGGUCACACUCUUUUAUGGAAGCAUCUUCUAUGUCUAUUUACAGCCCCUGUCCACCUACAGUGCCAGGGACCACAUAGCAACAAUUGUCUACACAGUUCUUUCCUCCAUGCUAAACCCUUUUAUCUACAGCCUGAGAAACAAAGACCUGAAACAGGGCCUAAGGAAGCUGAUGGGCAGGCGGAAUUCUCAAGCAACACCCUCUUGA